AUGGAGAGACAGAAGAGAAAACAAGAAAUAGAGAAAGGACUUCAGUUCAUUCAGUCCACAUUACCCCUAAGCCAAGAAGAUUAUGAGGCCUUUUUGCAGAAGCUGGUGAGAAACCUGUUUGCAGAAGGAAAUGAUUUGUUUCGAGAGAAGGAUUUCAAGCUUUCGCUGGUACAGUAUGUAGAAGGGCUGAACGUGGCGGAUUACGCAGCCUCCGACGAGGUGACCAUCCCAAAGGAACUCCUGUGCAAGCUGCAUGUCAACCGAGCUGCCUGCUACUUUGCCAUGGGCUUGUAUGAGAAGGCACUGGAAGACAGCGAGAAGGCUUUAAGUCUUGACAAGGAGAACAUCCGAGCCCGCUCCUUAAAUGAACUUGGAAGACACAAAGAAGCCUAUGAGUGCAAUAGCCGAUGCUUGCUGUCCCUCCCACAUGAUGAAAGCGUCACGCAACUGGGACAGGAGCUUGCCCAGAAGCUGGGACUGAGGGUUCGAAAAGCAUACAAAAGACCUCAGUAACUGGACAGGAUCUCGCUACUCAGCAAUGGCACAUCAAUCAAUUUGUCAAACCAGACCACUUCCAAUGGAUUGGGUUCAAUAGAUGACAUCGAAACAGAUUGCUUUAUGGACCUGCAGUGCCUCCCAGCUCCUGUGGCCACCUCCAUCCCUGUGAGCGAGGGGCUGGCCCCUUUGCCCUCUGACUCAGAUGCAAAGGCCUUGCCUACCUCGCUCCCUGCUGCCAGCCUGCUCCCGUCUCCAGACUGUGUGUCCCUGCCAGUGCCUGAAAGCGUGGAGGACUUCACAGAUGGGGACAUCAUUGGGGAAGAACUGGACUCCCUCCUGGACUCCCUUGCUGAAGGGUCACCAUACCCUCUAUCUCUGGUCCAAGGCACCGUUCCUACCAACCUGCCAACGGAGAUGCCCCAGCUGAUCCCUGUGUUUCCGGGGGGAACUCCGCUGCUGCCCCCAGUCGUGACAGCCAGCAUCCCUGUCUCCACCCCGCUGCCACCUGCCUCCUUCGGCCUGGUGAUGGAUCCCACCAAGCAGCUCUCCUCCUCCUCUGUCCUGGAUGCCUUCGAGGCCCCGCCGGGAGGAAGUGGCAGCUCCACCUUAGAUUCGCUGGAUUCCCUGGAUCUGCUCCCCUACACAGACUCACGGCUUGAUGCCCUGGACUCCUUUGGGACAAGCAGAGGGUCGCUGGAUGCCUUGGAUUCCUUUGCCGUUGAAGAAACUAGCCCUCAGGAACUGCGACACACACCUGGCAGCCAAAAACCAUCCCCCGUGGUCGGCCUUGGUGGAGUGAGUCACUCAGCUGUGCCCAAGGUCACCGAGCACUUGCUGUCCCAGCCAGAACCAGUAAUGCCCAACACAGCCCUGCUGGUGAAGAACCCCCUGGCGUCUACUCACGUCUUUAAACAAGCCUGUCAUAUCUGCUACCCCAAAACAGGGCCCAAGGCUGGCGAUUACACCUAUCGGGAAGGCUUGGAGCACAAGUGCAAGCGUGACAUCCUGCUGGGCAGGCUGAAGAACUCAGAAGACAAGACCUGGAAGAGGAUUCGUCCUCGCCCAACCAAAACCAACUUUGUAGGAUCCUAUUACCUGUGCAAAGAUAUGCUUAACAAGCAGGACUGUAAGUACGGGGAUAACUGCACCUUCGCGUACCACCAGGAAGAGAUCGACGUGUGGACGGAGGAGAGGAAGGGGACCCUCAACCGUGACCUCCUCUUUGACCCGCUAGGUGGGAUCAAGCAGAGCAGCCUCACCAUUGCCAAGCUCCUCAAGGAACAUCAGGGCAUCUUCACCUUCCUCUGUGAG